GAUCGAAUUCUUGAGGGAUUGUUUCGUGGGUCGUUGACUUUAUAACCAAAAGUGGAGCAAUAAGUCUCUUGCUGAUCCUUUCUUGAAUGGAAGCAUAUGAGUCCAACGUUGGAACGUUACGGUUCCAUUGUCCAAGCCGAUGCAUUGGAAGUGACGACCCAGAAGACCAGGACUUGCUCCAAAUUCCCACCUGGGUGUCUCUCUCUCUGUCCUACCCUUAAUUCUCUUUUUCCAGCCUCCUAUUGAUGGUCAGGGACGUGUCUUUCUAAUGCACAGAGCUCGUAGUUUCCGAGGUUUCUUGCAACAAGCGCCCUUCUGAAGUCAUACCGAGUCUUGUUCGGGACCUUCAGGCAUGGAUGUUUUCGACCUGAAGCAGAAGAGCAUUCUUGUUGGAACAGUACUUUUGGCCUCUGCUCUUACCAUCUUCGGGAUCGCGAUGCUGAGACAGCCAACCCUUUACAAUCGUCCCGGCCUAUCCACUUCUGGAAAUCGGGAGGACAAUUCUAAUAGUUCUCUCCCUACUCCUUCGCAGCAAGAGCAGCACAAAGCAGGGGGGAUACACGUGCUGGUGACUGGAGGUGCUGGUUAUAUAGGCUCUCAUGCUGCCUUACGCUUAUUAAAAGAUUCACAUCGAGUAACAAUAGUGGACAAUCUUUCACGUGGAAAUAUAGGUGCGGUUAAAGUUCUCGAGAAGCUAUUUCCGGAGCCUGGUCGUCUUCAAUUUAUUAAUGCAGACCUGGGAGAUCCACAAGCAGUCAACAAAAUUUUUGCAGAGAAUGCAUUUGAUGCAGUCAUUCAUUUUGCGGCUGUAGCUUAUGUUGGGGAAAGCACACUGGAUCCACUUAGGUACUACCAUAAUAUCACAUCGAAUACUUUGGUAGUGUUAGAGGCAAUGGCUUCCCAUGGUGUGAAGAAAUUGAUCUACUCGAGUACCUGCGCAACGUAUGGAGAGCCAAAGAAGAUGCCCAUCACUGAAAAAACUCCUCAACUCCCCAUCAAUCCAUAUGGAAAAGCCAAAAAGAUGGCAGAAGAUAUUAUACGGGAUUUUUCCAAGAAUUCUGACAUGGCCGUCGUGAUCCUGCGAUAUUUUAAUGUCAUCGGAUCAGAUCCAGAAGGCAGAUUAGGUGAAGCUCCCCGACCGGAACUCCGUGAACAUGGUCGGAUAUCAGGUGCUUGUUUUGAUGCCGCCUCGGGCAUUAUUACUGGGUUGAAGGUAAGAGGGACAGACUAUAACACUCCUGAUGGCACUUGCAUCAGGGAUUAUAUUGAUGUCAAUGACCUCAUUGACGCUCACAUGAAAGCUCUGGCCAAUGCCGAAUCUCGACAAGUGAAGACUUACAAUGUCGGCACAGGAAAAGGUAAAUCGGUGAAGGAGUUUGUCGAGGCGUGUAAAAUCGCGACGGGGGUCGACAUAAAAGUCGAAUAUCUCGAUCGUCGGCCUGGGGAUUAUGCCGAAGUUUACAGCGAUCCUUCGAAAAUAAGGCAAGACCUGAAUUGGACGGCUCAGUAUACGGAUCUUCAAUUAAGCCUUAAGAUUGCAUGGAGAUGGCAGAAGUCGCAUAGAAAUGGUUAUGGCCCUCCAACUGUCACACAUUGAAAGUGAGGUGGUUGGUCCAGUUGCGGAGUUGGAUUGGAUAUAAGAGGUUGCUUUCCCAGCCGCGCUAAAUCAUGCAGACUUUUUACAUGUUUGAUGAUCAAUUGAAUUGCCUGAAAUUUAGAGAUUUCCAGGAGAGAUUGCAGAACCUGGUGACAAGGCAGAAUAAUGGUCAUGAUUGACAUGUCUGCGGAUCGGUAACUCCGUUUCAACUCACACACGUCAUAUUCUUUCCUUGGUGUAAACACAAUGGUAGAAUUAGGUUCUGCUCCUGGGUAAAGCAGGAUCAUGAACAACGAAUCUCUCUAUGAUAAACAGAUCCAUUUUGCAAGUUUGUUAUUACGGGUA